UUCAAACAUUUCUGCAUUUUUGUCAUAUAUAAUUAGUAUAGUUUUCAUUCAAACUUGGACUUCUAUAAAUUAUUGGAUGUCCCAAAUAAUUUUGAGUUACUUCCCAACUGGAUCUGCCAGUUAAAUGUUGAUAAUUUUCUUUAGUGGCUUACACUUUGGAAAUCAAUUUCUCUUAAAAGUCCUGCCAGUUGGACCAUUAUGUGGAUUACAUCUUCCACUCAUCCUCUAAAGGUAUGAGCAAAAUACCAAAGAGCCAACUCAUGAGUUAUAGCAAGGUCCCAUAAAAAUUUUGGCUUGAGGAUUCCAGUCUGGAUAGUAAUUCACCAGAUCAGAGAAAAAGAUUGGCAGACUUCUCAAGUUAAGAGCCAUGUCUAUGCGAAAAGGAGUAAUCCACAAUCUUGCAAAACUUAGUACAAGAGGUACUCCAAAAAGAUCCAGAUCUGCAGGAACAAAGUUGCUUCUUUCUUCAGAGGAAACAACAGAAGUUAUAUUCCUCCCAAAAGCAAGAUCCUUUUGUAAUAGCACAGAUCUUUCCAAGAAUGAAUCUGAAGUUAUCAAACAUGAAAACAUAUGUAGAGAAUCUGGAAAGACAAUAAGUGUCUUUGAUUUCAAAAGUUACAUGCUUCAAAAGAUCAAAUCUGUCAAUCAAGCCUUAGAUGCUGCUGUUCCAAUCAGAGAGCCUAUCAAGUUCCAUGAAGCAAUGAGAUACUCACUCCUUUCUGAAGGCAAGCGGGUUUGCCCUGUACUCUGCAUAGCCGCCUGUGAGCUUGUUGGUGGCCAAGAAUCAACGGUGAUGCCUGCUGCUUGCGGAAUGGAGAUGAUAAUCUCUAUGUGUCUGAUGCACGACGACCUUCCCUGCAUGGACAAUGGUGAUCUCCGUCGAGGAAAGCUGUCAAAUCACAAGGUUUUUGGUGAAAAUGUCACUGUUCUAGCUGGUUAUUCACUUGUUGCCUUAGCAUUUGAGCAUAUGGCAACAACCACUAAAGGGGUGCACCCAAAAACAAUGGUUCGUGCUGUUGGAGAACUAGCAAGAUUGAUAGGACCCGAGGGGGCAGUGGCUGGCCAGGUGCUUGACUUGCUGUGUGGAGAUAAAUCUGAUACUGGAUUAGAAGAGCUCAAGUAUAUUCAUAGUCACAAGACAGCGGAUUUUACAGAGGCCGCGGUCAUUGUAGGAGCAUUGGUUGGUGGUGCAUCUGAGGAGGAGAUUAAUAGACUUAGGAAAUUCUCGCAGUGUUUUGGACUGAUGUAUCAGGUUGUGGAUGAUAUUCUUGAUGUUACUAAAUCCUCUGAGCAAUUAGGAAAGACAGGGGGGAAGGAUUUGUUGGCUAACAAAUUGACGUACCCAAAGAUGAUUGGCAUUGACAAGUCCAAAGAAUAUGCUCAAAAUGUUAGCAAGGAGGCCAAGGAGCAGCUUGUUGGUUUUGAUCCAGAGAAGGCAGCUCCACUACUUGCUAUGACAGAUUUCGUUCUUCAUCGGCAAAAAUGAUCUUGUUAAGAU